AUGGCCGUCUCCAUGUCCACGACUCAAGACCUUACACGGCGUGCUAAGAAGCUUGUUCAUCGGAUAGCCACUGCUGUGGAAACAGAUCAUGGAUUUUCCUCCAUGGCAUACUCGAUCUACGACACAGCAUGGGUAUCAAUGAUCAUCAAGAAGGGCGGGAAAGGCCCCAGUUGGCUUUUCACUGAAUGUUUUGAUUUCCUGCUCGAAAAGCAACGCGGCAAUGGCGAGUGGUCUUCCUUCAGCACGACUGACUCAACACGCACUCCUUCGGCCAGCAUUCUGAUUCCCGAUACCAUCAUUCAUACUCUUGCGGGACUGCUCGCUUUGUGCGUGCAUUCCCAAAAUAGAGAUUGCAUAAAUGGCACAUUGCCAUACAACUUAUCAAGCCGUAUCUCUCGUGCAAAGGAAUCGGUCAAUGCCCAGCUCCAAAAGUGGAAUGUGUCUGAGACAACCCAUUUUGGAUUCCAGCUACUUAUCCCCGUCCUUCUACAGAGACUCAAGGACGAGCAAGGAAUCUCAUUUACUUUCCCUGGUGAAGAAGAGCUCUUAUUUAUGUUUAACGACGCCCGGCAGAUGGACGUUGAGUGGUUAUAUACCGAGAAAUGCAGUGUACCUUUGCUCUGCUAUGAAGGAUUCCUGGGGAAGAUAGACUUCGCACGAAUUGGUCAUCAGAUAUCAGCUGAAGGUCUUGGCGCUAUGCCGGCAUCGACCGCGGCGUACCUGCUGUACGCACCGGUUUGGAGCAACGAGUGCGAGGAAUACCUACGUAACGUUGUAUACAACGGAAGCGGCCAAGGAACAGGUGGGGUGGCGUCAAUAUUCCCUUUGACGACCUUUGAGUCAAGCUGGGUGAGAUUCCAUUUCGACUCUUUGUUAAGUACACAAAGUAACAAUUUCAAGGUCUUGACAACAUUGCUCGAAAAUGGAUUUAGUACUCACGAGCUGGGCAAAGAUAAUGUGGACACGAUUAUCCGAUUCCUCAGCAAGCAGCUCGACUUGAAUGGUGGCCGGGUUGGUGCGACUACCAUGUGGGUGCCGGACGCCGAUGAUACGGGCAGAGCACUGACUGCACUCUAUUUGCACGGUGAUAACCCCAAUCUUGACAGCCUGAUCAGCAACCAUGAAGUCGAUACGUACUUUCAAACAUUCUUCGGCCGCAUUCCCAACGAAGUUCCUAGCAUCAGUGUUAACUCCAACGUGCUCAAUGCACUACUUUCCAGUCCAGACCCUCCAAAACAACAAAUCAACAAAUGUGUUAAGUACCUCUGCGAUAGCUGGAGAAACGAUACUGUCCCCGGUGAUCAUUGGAAUACCUCAGAGUAUUAUGCGAUCCUUCACAUGACCUUCAGCCUGGUGAAACUUCGAAUUGCCAACUCGCAAGAUAUUAUCUAUACGGAGAGUAACGUGGUGGAGAUAGUGGAUUCCACGCUGUCAAAGUGCAGAGAAUACACGCUCAAAACUCAAAAUAAGGAUGGUUCGUGGGGGAAACGACACUCCAGCGAAGAAUCUGCCUACGCUGUUUUAAUCCUGGCCAACCUUGUCAAGCUCGGUGGCAAGACUAAAGAUCAACGUAAUAUCUGCCUCAGCAUCGAGUCUGGUAAGAGAUAUCUGGAACAAUGGAAGGGACCUGAUCCGAGCGACCUGGUAUGGACAGGGAAGGUGUGGCUGGCAGAUCUGUUCAUUCAAGAGGCGUAUGUUCUCUCAGCACUGAGGAUUGAUAUCAGUCCAUUUGCAGUCAGCGGACGAAAGAGUAAGCUGUGA